AUGCCAAUUGAUAUUGCCGAUUAUUCAUCUGCACAACUUUUGGCCCAUACUUCUAAUUUACAAAAUAUUGAGUUUGAUGAAGAUUUUGAGGAGAUAUCUAAAAAAAAUUCGAAGGACACCAUUUUGUUACAUUUGAGAACUUCAUUGACGGAUCGAUUUUUACAUCACGUUAUGACCGAUGACUGUAAAGACGAUAAGAGACAAUUAAAGUUUAAUGAGAAACGUAAACUAUGGCCUGAUUUCUGGUUAACUUCCGCUAACAAAGAUAUCAUUCAUGUUCGCUUACCAUUAUGUGAUAAGUUACUACCUAUGGAAAUUCUAGAAGCUUGUGGUUGCAAUGAUGGAAUAGAUGGGACUAGCAUCUUUCCCAAAGAUUGGCAAAGCGAUGGUUGGCUUGUUAAGGUGUAUGUACACCCAACUGAAGCUGAAUACAAUUGGCCAAUUAUUGAGGAACGCACAAUCUACCAGGCUGAGAAGAAAGAUAAACAAAUUACCACUGAUAAAUUGCCACCAGGACCGCUCACAGAUUCAAUGUUGGUUAGUGAGACUAAACGAGUAUGUAAUAAGUGCUGGAUGAAGAUGCACAGUGAUAAGAAAGCGGAAUUUUAUUCUGUAAACUUUAUGGAAGUAUCUAAGUUACUUGCUAGUGAGUAUCGCAACAAAUCAGCUGUUACAACCUCCCUGAUGGAACUUAUCAAAUAUAUGAAGGGCGAACGUGAGAUAGAUUAUUCACUUUUGGUUGAGCAUCAGGAGAAUACUGAAAGAUUUAUUUUGUCAAAGGAUGUGUUCAAUGAAAUGGUAACUAAAUAUGAUGACGAACCGGUCAUUCGUUCCUGUUCAAUUACUACUGAUGAGGAUAGUAAAGUUCAAGAUUUAAACAAGCUUAAAUCAAUGAGCUCAUCAGUAUUUAGUGGUAACGAAGCUCGCCAGAAAGCAUCUCUCGUUAAAAGUGAGGGCAAUGGACCGAUACCUGGUUUUCCUGGUGUGGAUAUCAUAGCUGGUUGGUAUGCACAGAUGAAGAGAGCUGAAGAUGGUGAAUUCGCCGAGAAAGUUGGUAAUCGUGUUGCUAAGAUUACCCAUGCGUCAUUGAACGUGAACGUUAAAACGGUGUUUGGUAAUCUUUAUGGUCGGAAGCUUUUGCCUUCUUCACUAGAUAUUUCUUCUUAUUGUUUACUUACUGACCAAACUUUGGGGGAUGGUUUUCUUCAGUGGGGUCGUAAUAAAUCUGCAAUUGUCUCUGAUUAUAGUUGUAACAGGGGUGAGACAACAGCCAACAAUGAACUCUCGGAUACGUCAGUGCCUUUUGAAUAUGAUGAUCGAGUAGAAUAUCGUUUGGAUAAACUGUCUCAGAUUGAAGAUUACACUAGUGAGGCAGACGAAUUUAAAUUUGAUGAGACGUUGGUCGUAUUGAAUUCAGUUCAACAAUCACAAUCUAGUACGUAUUGGUUAUGCACGUUGAUUUAA